AUGGACGCCGAGAAGGCUGUUGAUAAAAACAAUGCCCAUCUCUCCUCGGACCACGAGCGUUGUCCCGUGGAGGAAGUGGCUCUGGUGGUUCCUGAGACGGACGACCCAAGCAUACCGGUGAUGACAUUCAGAGCUUGGUUCUUGGGUCUGACCUCUUGUGUUCUGCUCAUCUUUCUCAACACUUUCUUCACCUACCGCACGCAGCCACUCACCAUCUCGGCCAUCCUCAUGCAGAUCGCUGUCUUGCCCAUCGGCAAGUUCAUGGCUAGGACUCUUCCCACCACUUCUCGCAACCUUCUUGGGUGGAAGUUUAGCCUCAAUCCUGGUCCUUUUAAUAUCAAAGAGCAUGUCAUUAUCACCAUCUUUGCCAAUUGUGGCGUUUCUUACGGUGGUGGUGAUGCUUACUCCAUUGGGGCUAUUACUGUUAUGAAGGCUUACUAUAAGCAGAGCCUUAGCUUCAUCUGUGGUCUCUUCAUCGUCUUGACCACUCAGAUUAUCGGGUAUGGUUGGGCUGGAAUUUUGAGGAGGUACUUGGUUGAUCCUGUUGACAUGUGGUGGCCUUCUAAUCUUGCUCAAGUGUCUCUCUUCAGGGCGUUGCACGAGAAGGAAGAGAAGUCCAAAGGCUUUACGAGGAUGCAGUUCUUUCUAGUGGCUCUUGGUGCUAGCUUUCUUUACUAUGCGCUUCCAGGCUAUCUAUUCCCAAUCUUGACCUUCUUCUCAUGGGUAUGUUGGGCUUGGCCUAACAGCAUCACCGCUCAGCAAGUUGGCUCAGGGUACCAUGGCCUUGGUGUUGGAGCCUUCACUCUUGACUGGGCUGGUAUCUCUGCUUACCAUGGUAGUCCCUUGGUGGCUCCAUGGUCCUCUAUCCUCAACGUUGGUGUUGGUUUCAUCAUGUUCAUUUACAUCAUCGUCCCUGUUUGUUACUGGAAGUUCAACACUUUCGAUGCCAGAAAGUUCCCAAUUUUCUCCAAUCAGCUCUUCACUACCACCGGCCAGAAGUAUGACACAACCAAGAUCUUGACACCGCAGUUUGAUUUGGAUAUUGGUGCAUAUGACAAAUACGGGAAGCUUUACCUCAGCCCUCUUUUCGCACUCUCCAUCGGAUCCGGGUUUGCGAGAUUCACUGCAACUCUAACUCAUGUGGCAUUGUUCAACGGCAGGGACAUAUGGAGGCAAACUUGGUCUGCAGUAAACACCAGGAAGCUGGACAUCCAUGGGAAACUGAUGCAAAGUUACAAAAAAGUGCCUGAGUGGUGGUUUUAUAUACUGCUGGUAGGAAGUGUAGCUAUGUCUCUCCUCAUGUCUUUUGUGUGGAAGGAGUCAGUGCAGCUUCCAUGGUGGGGAAUGCUCUUUGCUUUUGCAUUGGCCUUUAUUGUCACCCUCCCUAUUGGUGUCAUUCAAGCAACUACAAAUCAGCAACCAGGAUAUGAUAUAAUAGGGCAGUUCAUAAUCGGUUAUAUCCUGCCUGGAAAACCCAUUGCAAACCUGAUUUUCAAGAUCUACGGGCGGAUCAGCACAGUCCACGCUCUCUCAUUCUUGUCAGACCUUAAGCUUGGCCAUUACAUGAAAAUCCCACCGCGCUGCAUGUACACAGCUCAGCUGGUUGGCACUGUGGUAGCUGGUGUGGUGAAUCUGGGAGUGGCCUGGUGGAUGCUGGAGAGCAUUCAAGACAUAUGCGACAUCGAAGGAACCCACCCUAAUAGCCCCUGGACUUGCCCCAAGUACAGAGUGACGUUUGAUGCUUCAGUUAUUUGGGGGUUGAUAGGACCAAGACGGCUGUUUGGACCAGGAGGCAUGUACCGUAACCUUGUCUGGCUCUUCCUCAUUGGAGCUGUCCUGCCUGUUCCAGUGUGGGCGCUGAGCAAGGUCUUCCCAAACAAGAAGUGGAUCCCUCUCAUCAACAUUCCGGUUAUCUCCUACGGCUUUGCAGGAAUGCCUCCAGCCACUCCAACCAACAUUGCUAGCUGGCUGGUCACAGGAACCAUCUUCAACUACUUUGUGUUCAAUUACCACAAGAGAUGGUGGCAGAAGUACAAUUACGUACUCUCUGCAGCACUCGAUGCAGGGACUGCGUUCAUGGGGGUACUCUUGUUCUUCGCUCUGCAGAACGCUGGACACGACCUUAAAUGGUGGGGCACAGAAGUAGACCACUGCCCUCUCGCCUCCUGUCCCACAGCUCCUGGAAUCAAAGCCAAAGGCUGUCCCGUUUUCUAAAUUCAACAACUUUGAUUAGAUUCAGACAUAUAAAUCAACAUGUUUUGCUCUUUCUAUUGCUUCUUUCUGUACAGCCUUCUACUGUUAGAUAGUGGCCAUCAGAAUGCAAUAAACUCUAUUUAAGAUUGAUUUGAGAAAGAGAUCUCUUCAGCAGAAAGUGAUGCUUUGUUUCA